UUGAAUAUUCUCGGUGGUGGCUUGAUGAACGAACGUAUAGAAACAAAGCUGUGCUUUAUUGCCGGUGGUUGUAAUAGAGUUUCUUCGAUAGCGGAUUGGAGUAACUCUGGAUUGUCCUAUGGUUGUCAGAAUACCGUAAUUAUUUUGGACUAUGAAGGAGAGAGAGCUUUGUGUACUUUGCAAGGACACUCUUCUAUUGUGAGAACCACUCGCUGGGUGAAUCAAGAUACAUUGGUUACUGGUGAUGCACUGGGAAUAAUAUGCUUAUGGAAAAAAAAUCCCUUAUGGUCCUUGGUUCAUCAAGAAAAGGUACAUAAAGACGCAGUGGUCUCCAUCGCAACGUUUAGCUGCUUUCACAAAAAUUUUAUUGUAUCUGCUUCAUCGGAAGCCUCCUUAGCUAUUUUUCAAGUUGAAACAAUAUCAUCUUCUUGGACCCAAAUGGCAACGACGACGCUAUCUUUUCUACCCGAAUCCAUAUCAGCUACUAUUUUUCAUUUAUCGGAACAGAAAAGUGUUUUAUUAAUUGCUGUUGGAGGAACUGAUUCUGCUGUCGUUAUUUUUUCUGCAGAGCUGUGCAACGAUGAUAAUUCAGUUAUCGAUCUUUCAGAGCGCAUACGUCUCCAUGGACAUCACGAUUGGAUAAGAGAUGUUAGUUUUUGUCAAUCUAGUUGUAAAUUAGGAGGUAAGACCUUUAUUUUUAUUUAUGUUAUUUACUGUACAGUUGUCAAAGAUACAACAUUUCUUGCAAGUGGUUCUCAAGAUUCCACUGUUCGCAUAUGGAAAGUUUAUUCUCAAGCGAGUACGAAUGGAAUAUCAGAUAAUGGAGAAUCUUCUUUAUUAGCCGAUAGUUUCUUUAAGAAAUAUCGCAUUCAUAUAGGUUGUAAUAUAUUUACCUUUACUUCAGAAGCACUAUUAGCAGAGCACGAAGACAGAGUUUGUUCUGUUCGUUGGUCGACAAAUUGUAAAGAUCCAAGGAGUACUGAAAGAGCCCUUUUGUCUUCUUCUUGUGACCAGAGUGUACUCAUUUGGUCUUAUAUGGGAACAGAAGGAGUUUGGAUGCCAUUUGAGAGAUUGACCAGCUUUGGUGGUGCUCCUUCCACUACGGCAGGUUUCUUUGGUGCCUAUUUUUCUCCUCAAGGAGAUUCCAUUUGGGCACAUGGAUUUCUAGGGCAAAUGUAUUGUUGGAAAUUGACUCAAGAUGGUGAAUGGAAGAGUGUUGGUACAGUAAGUGGGCAUGGAAAAGGUGUCUCAGAGUUGUGUUGGAAACCAGUUGAUGGUCUCUUUCUGGCAUCAGUAUCAUUGGACCAAACCACUAGAAUUUUUGCUCCAGUUAAAGGAGAGAAAGAAACUUUUAUAGAAAUUGCGAGACCUCAGGUUCAUGGUCAUGAUAUAUUUACUGUUGGAUUUGUUCGUGAAGAUGGUCUUGAGUUGAUAAGUGGAGCAGAAGAGAAAGUCAUUCGAAUAUUUAGAGCUCCGCGGCCUUUUGUUGCUCAAUGUCGUCAAUUAUUUUCUUCUGAGAAUAGCCAUUUUGACAACUACUCUCUAGAAGCUGAAGAAAAUGCUGCUGUAGUUGUCGAUAUGGCAGCCUUAGGACUCACCAACAAGGCUAUCUUUUCUCAAGAUGAAUCCGAGAAUAGGGCACAGUUAGAAAGUUCCACUUUUCAUUUCUUAACAGAGAACACACUUUCUCAAGGAACCUUGUGGCCUGAAGUUGCCAAACUAUAUGGUCAUGGAAAUCCAAUUGUUACUUGUAAUUGCUUUCCACCCAAAAAAAUGGCUGCUUCUGCAUGCCAAGCGCAAGCGUGCAAGGAUGCCUGUAUUAUUAUUUGGGAUAUGGAUAAGAGAGAGAAGAAACAAAUAUUGUAUUGUCAUGAUCUGACGGUAACUCGUUUGGUCUUUUCUAUGCAUGGUUUAUUAUUGAGCGUAUCGAGAGACCGUUCGUUCGCUAUCCAUAGAGAGGAUUCGAAUGGCAUUUGGACAAGAGUUGUACAUCGAAAGAAUAUUCACCAACGCAUUAUUUAUGAUGCAAGUUGGUCACAUGAUGAACGAUUAUUUUGUACAGCAUCCAGAGACAAAUAUAUAAAGUUUCAUUGGGCAAUUGAUGAGAAUCAUUGUAUCGGAGAAUAUACGAACAUAUGUUAUAUGUUUGAUACGGGUGUUCGUUGUAUAUCAUUUGCACCUUGUGGCUUCAAUAGCAGCUAUUUGGUGGCAGUAGGAUUAGAAAAUGGUCGAGUUUGUUUGCUUCAAUUAAGGAUGCGUGACGAACAUUCUAUAGAUAGAGUAGAUUUCAAAGCAACUAUUGACAUACAAGGUGGUUGUGUGGUUAGUGUAUGUUUUCAUCCUCAUAGUUUUAUAUCCAAACAAGGGAACGUUGCAUUCUUACUUGCAGCAGGAGGCAUCGACGCAACCAUACGUAUAUAUGAUAUAGAGAUUGAUAAGUGUAAGUAAGGUGAAGUCAAACCAUUGCUCAAUACAUUUAUAUGGUUACAAACCUUAUUCAACAAUCUCUCUCUUUCCAACGCCUAGAACGACCCAAUUCCAUUAAGUAUAAGGUCUCGAAUAGAAAGAAGAAAUGACCCUACUACAAAACACAAACUAUCUCCAUACAAACCAGCAGAAAAAAGAAUAUACAAAACAAUUCUUUUCAAACUAAAUAAAACCUUGCAUU